AUGGCAGUCGAGAGGCUGCCGGAAAAUGGCGGCAGGCAUGGAUCGGAAGGGGGAAGUGAAACGAGGAGACAGCUUUCAGGGGGAACGGUGGUCGUGACGUCACUUGUCGCGGGCGCAGCCGCCGGCGCCGUCGCAAAGACGACCAUCGCUCCGCUCGACCGAACCAAAAUCAACUUUCAGAUCUCCAACACUCCGUACACGUGGCGCGGCGUGUUUAUCUUCGUUCAGCGCAGCGUCCGGACGGAGGGCUGGACCGCGUUAUGGAGAGGUAACAGCGCGACUAUGGCCAGAAUAGUCCCCUACGCAGCCAUACAGUUCACCGCCCAUGAGCAAUGGAAGCGGCUGUUGAGGGUGGACACUCCACAGACGGCGCAAGAGGCGCCACUGCGACACUUGGUGGCGGGGUCCUUAGCUGGAGUGACUUCUCAGAGCGCUACCUACCCUCUGGACUUGGCGCGAGCGAGGAUGGCUGUAGCUGACUAUCGCUCGUUAAGAGCGGUUUUCAAACGGAUCAUUCGAGAAGAAGGGGCCUUUACUUUGUACAGAGGCUACGGUGCGACGGUGCUCGGGGUAGUUCCAUAUGCUGGUGUCUCCUUCUUCACCUAUGAUUCGUUGAAGCAUUGGUACCUUGACUACACGGGUGCUCUUCCGAACGGUAUGACGAACGUCGUGUUCGGCGGGAUAGCCGGUGCCCUCGGCCAGACGUCAUCCUACCCACUUGACAUCGUGCGUCGGCGCAUGCAGACCGCGCGCAGGUGCCCCGACGGAUCUUAUCCGUACCCGGGGAUAUUACCCACGCUCGCUACCAUCUACCACACGGAGGGAUGGAGGGCGUUCUUCAAAGGACUGAGUAUGAACUGGGUGAAAGGGCCUAUUGCUGUGGGAAUCUCCUUCGCCACUUACGACCACAUCAAAUCACUCCUGCGAGACGUGGCCCUCACCUUCGCGACAGUCGGAGAGAAGUUAUAA